CCCCGAUGCCGAGGCAUGGAUAGAGCGGCGUUGCGCGCGGCAGCGAUGGGCGAGAAGAAGGAGGGCGGUGGCGGGGGCGCCGCGGCGGCCGCGGACGGGGGCGCAGGGGCCGCCGCCAGCCGGGCGCUGCAGCAGUGCGGCCAGCUGCAGAAGCUCAUCGAUAUCUCCAUCGGCAGUCUGCGCGGGCUGCGCACCAAGUGCUCGGUGUCCAACGACCUCACGCAGCAGGAGAUCCGGACCCUAGAGGCAAAGCUGGUGCGGUACAUCUGCAAGCAGCGGCAGAGCAAGCUGAGCGUGACCCCGAGCGACCGGACUGCAGAGCUCAACAGCUACCCGCGCUUCAGUGACUGGCUGUACAUCUUCAACGUGAGCCCCGAGGUGGUGCAGGAGAUCCCCCAAGAGCUCACACUGGAUGCCCUGCUGGAGAUGGACGAGGCCAAAGCCAAGGAGAUGCUGCGGCGCUGGGGGGCCAGCGCUGAGGAGUGCAGCCGUCUACAGCAAGCUCUCACCUGCCUUCGGAAGGUGACUGGCCUGGGAGGGGAGCACAAAGAAGACUCUGGUUGGAGUUCGGCAGAUACACGAGAAAGUAACUCUGGGCCUUCAGUGGACAUGCUCUCCUCACUAGGCAGAGCCAGUGCCAGCACUCAGGGGCCCCGUUCUGUCUCAGUGUCUGCCCUGCCUGCCUCAGACUCUCCAGUCCCCGGCCUCAGUGAGGGCCUCUCGGACACCUGUAUCCCCUUGCACACCAGUGGGCGGCUGACCCCCCGGGCCCUGCACAGCUUCAUCACACCCCCGACCACACCCCAGCUACGACGGCACGCCAAGCUGAAGCCACCAAGGACACCCCCACCGCCGAGCCGCAAGGUCUUCCAGCUGCUCCCCAGCUUCCCCACACUCACACGGAGCAAGUCCCACGAGUCCCAGCUGGGAAACCGAAUUGAUGAAGUCACCCCGAUGAGGUUUGAACUCCCUCAUGGAUCCCCACAGCUGGUACGAAGGGAUAUCGGGCUCCCAGUGACACACAGGUUCUCCACAAAGUCAUGGUUGUCACAGGUCUGCAACGUGUGUCAGAAGAGCAUGAUGUUCGGCGUGAAGUGCAAACACUGCAGGUUAAAAUGUCAUAACAAGUGCACAAAGGAAGCUCCCGCCUGCAGAAUAUCCUUCCUCCCACUUGCCAGGCUUCGGAGGACAGAGUCUGUCCCCUCAGAUAUCAACAACCCAGUGGACAGAGCAGCAGAGCCCCAUUUUGGAACCCUUCCCAAGGCCCUGACAAAGAAGGAGCACCCUCCAGCCAUGAACCUGGACUCCAGCAGCAACCCAUCCUCCACCACGUCCUCCACACCCUCAUCCCCGGCACCUUUCCUGACCUCAUCCAACCCCUCCAGCGCCACCACGCCCCCCAACCCAUCACCUGGGCAGCGAGACAGCAGGUUCAGCUUCCCAGCUGCCUACUUCAUUCAUCAUAGACAGCAGUUUAUCUUUCCAGACAUUUCAGCCUGUCCUCAGGCAGCCCCGCAGCCCAGCACAGCCGACAGUACACGGCUCAACGACCAGCCCAAAACAGAUGUGCUGGGUGUUCACGAAGCAGAGGCCGAGGAGCCUGAGGCUGGCAAGUCAGAGGCAGAAGAUGAUGAGGAUGAGUUGGAUGACCUCCCCAGCUCCCGUCGGCCCUGGCGGGGCCCCAUCUCUCGAAAAGCCAGCCAGACCAGCGUCUACCUGCAAGAGUGGGACAUCCCCUUUGAACAGGUAGAACUGGGCGAGCCCAUUGGGCAAGGUCGCUGGGGCCGGGUGCACCGAGGCCGUUGGCAUGGCGAGGUGGCCAUUCGGCUGCUGGAGAUGGACGGCCACAACCAGGACCACCUGAAGCUGUUCAAGAAAGAGGUGAUGAACUACCGUCAGACCCGGCAUGAGAACGUGGUGCUCUUCAUGGGGGCCUGCAUGAACCCACCUCACCUGGCCAUCAUCACCAGCUUCUGCAAGGGGCGAACAUUGCAUUCAUUCGUGAGGGACCCCAAGACAUCUCUGGACAUCAACAAGACUAGGCAGAUCGCCCAGGAGAUCAUCAAGGGCAUGGGGUAUCUUCAUGCAAAAGGCAUCGUGCACAAGGACCUCAAGUCCAAGAAUGUCUUCUAUGACAAUGGCAAGGUGGUCAUCACAGACUUUGGGCUGUUCGGGAUCUCAGGCGUGGUCCGAGAGGAACGGCGUGAGAACCAAUUGAAACUGUCACAUGACUGGCUGUGCUACCUGGCCCCCGAGAUUGUUCGAGAAAUGAUACCGGGAAGGGGUGAGGACCAGCUACCCUUCUCCAAAGCCGCUGAUGUCUAUGCAUUUGGGACUGUGUGGUAUGAACUACAGGCAAGAGACUGGCCCUUUAAGCACCAGCCUGCCGAGGCCUUGAUCUGGCAGAUUGGAAGUGGGGAAGGAGUAAGGCGUGUCCUGGCAUCCGUCAGCCUGGGGAAGGAAGUUGGCGAGAUCCUGUCUGCCUGCUGGGCUUUCGACCUGCAGGAGAGACCCAGCUUCAGCCUGCUGAUGGACAUGCUGGAGAAACUGCCCAAGCUGAACCGGAGGCUCUCCCACCCUGGGCACUUUUGGAAGUCGGCUGACAUUAACAGCAGCAAAGUCAUGCCUCGCUUUGAAAGGUUUGGCCUGGGGACCCUGGAGUCCAGUAAUCCAAAGAUGUAGCCAGCCAUGCACGUUCAUGCAGAGAGUGUCUUCCUUCCUGGAACAUGAUUACGAAACAUGCAAACCACCAGCACAAGGAAUCAGAAGCAUUGCAGCCCAAGCUGCGGACUAGGAGCUUGACUUCUCCAUGAAGAACGUGCAUUACCAAGGUGUGUGGGGCUCGGGAUCACCGCCGUCCACGAAACUCCAGAUGAUACAGCUACAGCCAGUGUUUACACAGAGGUUUCUGCCCGGCAAGCUUGGUGUUUUACAGUAGGUAAAGAUAAUUCUGCAGAAGGGUGCUGGCACUUUGGAGCAGCAGGAAUGCCCCCCGCACACCCCCCCACUUCUGGAAGGCCCUGCAGCAGUGAGGGGCCCAGGGUUGAGCCGGAUGGAAGAAGGAAAUCGGCAUGAAUGUGACUGUACCGGGAGAAGGGCACAUGGCAGGUUUGCCUUGGCCUGUGCUUGGGCCCUGAACCACACUAAGGAGCAGCAGCCUUGCUUAGGAAUCUGUCUGGAUUACAGGGGUCACAGUUCCCGGAAAGUUGGAUUCAGUUUCUGCUCUGAUCCAGGCUUCUUGUGCUUUGAAAACAAAAAAAAACAAAAAAAAACAAAACAAAAAAAAACAACAACAACAACAAGAAAAAACCAUACGGACAGAAUCUGUGUGACUUCUAGACUGAUCUGAGGGAUCUUAACCCGGCUUCUGCUGCAGGGUGAGGGAAUAGCCACACAUCUGUAGAGCUGCCCACUUCUUAUCUGAGACCUCCAGGUAGGCACAAAGGCUGUGGAACUCAGCCUCUAUCAUCAGACACCCCCCAGAGCCGAGGGCUAGCCCAUUAUGUGUGUACAGUUCUUGGUUAAGGAGAACAGGGGCAGUGGCAGAUGCAGCCUGCAGCAGUGACCCUAGCACCUUAAAGUCCACUGUCUGUCACCCCAGAAGGUUCUAGACCUACCAUCUCGUGGGAGCCCUUUAGCCCUUUCUGAACCCUGUGUGUGCUCUGAGCUCAGAUGGGGGCAUGAGACGGUCCAGGCACAUCAGUUAGGUAAGCUCUGAUCUGAGCCUCAGACCUCUGUUCGUUCCUGUGAGCAGGAGGGGCUGGACUGGGGAAGUCAGAUGUGGUGCCCAGUAACUGUAGACUACCGAGCAGGGCGGUCCUUGAGCAGGGAGGGUAGGCAGCAAACAGACUCCACAGCCAGAGGAGAGAAGAAAUGGGGGUGGAGUGGAAACUGGGUUGGAUUCAGACCCACAGGCUGAGUCCCACCGUGAGUGGCCACCCAGCUCCCUCUCAGUUAUACUCCCAGUAAAGCCACAGUUUUCAGAGCUUUUGCUAACACCAACUCUGGUUCAGGUGUCUCUUAAAACAGGCCACUCUCUGAGAAGUCGUAGAAACUCCCCCUCCCCCAGCCCCCAGCACACACCAGGACAGUAGCAUCUUGACCAUGCCUCAGGGUGAGGAGGAAGAGCCAUGAGCCUCUGCUCAGCUCUGCAUGGGCUGUCCAGUAAUUUCUCUGCCCCUUCAGCUUUCCUCACUUGCCCUGACGUGACCUCUCUACUCCAAAACCAAGUGUGUGCCCACUGCCUCUGGCAGUCUCAUGCCUGCGCCCUCCCAGAGGCCACAGCGCCCGAGGCUCUGGCGAGUCUCUCACCAUGUGAGUGUUAUGAUGUCGGCCUCCCCUCAUGGUAGAAUGGGAGCCAUCAGGCUGCCAGCUGAGUUAACCCUUUCAGUUAUCCCCUGACACCAAAUCACAGUGGGCGGCACACAGCCCACUGACAGCAAGCCUGAGUCUUGGUUUGUAAUGUGAACAACACAGUUCAGAAAGCUUUGAGCACUGCAUUGAGUGUGGUCUUGCACAUGUGCGGGGACCAGAUAGGAAUAGUCAUGGUCCCUUCUGGGGGCCAGUAUGCUGGGGGCCCGACAUCUGCCGAGAGUGGAGCUGUAGUGCUGGACCCUGCUCCUCGUUCUCCAAGUCCUGCCUGUCUGCCCUUCAUGUAAGAGAGUUCCCCCACUGUGGUUCCCACUUCCUUUUCUACUUAAGUGACUGUGAAUUGAAGUUAGGAAAGCUCACCUCCUGUGUACUCUCCUUGUCUCCUGGGAAACACAUGAAGGAUGACAGAUACUGUGAAUUCAGCCUGCAUAGCCACUGUGAAGGCGAUGAAAAAGGCUCAGGCCUCGGAGAACCUGUCCACUAAAGUGUGAGGCCCUUUUCCAGGCCCCCUGAGUGCCAGCCUCACCCCGAGGAAAGCCUUUUCCCAUCAGAGUGGCAAGUAGUGAAUCUAGGCUAGUGCUGGGCUUCUCUAAUGCACCUAGUCAGAGCCCUCCGUCAUUGUCUUCUUGUGGUCCAGGCAGGGAGUGGCAAGCCUGUGUUGCUCUGUAGUGACAGAGUGAGAUGGGACAGCCACGCUAUGCUGCAGCGCUAGCCAGGAUGUCAUCUGUGUAUACACCUAGAGUCUUCUGUGGCCGCGAGGCAGACAUUUAUUUGCUUAUUUUGAAUGUGAUGUAAAAUUUGUACAGUAAAAGUUUUUAUAUUUUCUAUCAAUUGCAUUUGUCUUCCAGAAAUGCUUUAAUUUAAAUUACAAUGGUUAGUCUUGAUGAAUGUGUUACAUUGGGGUUUUUGCCACUGCUAAGAAUGAAUGUACCCUGUGGCCGAGAGAGCCAGGCCUAGGGGUCUGGAGUUUGUGAAUAAAGUUUACCAAGGUGUCCUGA